UGUAACAUAGAACAUAGAACAGGCUCUUCGGCCCACAAUGUCCAUGCCGAACAUGAUUCCAAAUUAAACCCAUCUCCUCUGCCUGCACUUGAUCUACAUUCCUCUAUACCCUGCCACUCCACAUGCACAAUCAAAAGCCUCUUAAAUACCACUGCUGAUUCUGCCUCCACUACAAACCCCAGCAGUGCAUUUCAUGCACCCACCAUACUCUAUAUAAAAAAAAACUUGCCCCUCACAUUUCCUUUCAAAUUCACCCCAUUCCACCUCGCCUUGAAGCUUCGCCCCCAUAUCUUUGCUAUUUCCACCGUGGGGGAAAAAAGAUCCUGUUUGUUAACACUAAAUCUGAAUCUGUGUGUUUAUAUUAAUGUCAAAAGUGUAUAUCUCAUAAUAUUUUUCUCUUUCACACCUGAAACAGAGAGAAUAUUUUGUGCAGACAAAGACAGUUCGGCUCUUAAUAAUUUCAUCAUUAACGUUAAUCCUGAACAGUUCUGCAACUUUAACAUCACGGAAUACGCAUGUGCGAAGACUGAUUUACUGAACCGUGGCAUAAAUAGUGAUGCCUUGACGAGUAUUUUUGACUGCUUUAUUGGCGACCAGGCUCUGAAUAUCUCAGAUGAAACAGCGUUGACUGUUUUCUUGCAGAAAUUUAAUGAGACUACACUAAAUGAAGCAUUGGAGAAAUUGAAUAGGAAGACUCCAAACACAGACACAAUUCCUCUCCCGACGAAGGUCAUAUUUCUAAACUCUGUGUGGGACAUUGUGAAGACAAAUGAAAACUUAACUCAGCGGGACUUCCUGGCAGAAUUGUUCCAAGAACGACUCAGGCCAUUUAUUGCUGGCAUUUCCCAGUCGGCAGUGAGCCCACUUCUAACGAGAAACCUAACCUGUGAUGGUUACCAAGAAGUUGUUAAAGGACUUACUAAUGGAUUCGGAGACAUGUCACAAGAAGUGAGAAGGACUGUCCUGAAACAGUGGAUCUUUAAUUACCUAAAUACCACAGCGUUUUCUCUUAAUUGUUAUGAAGAUCCAAAGUUUGUUGUAUUUCUGAGGGAUUCGUUUGAAAUUUUAGUUCGCUUUCUAACCCUGAAGGAUGUGUUUGCUCUUAUGUCACUUAACAGUGUGUCUGAGAUAUUGGAUAACAUCACUCCAAUGGAAGCAAUUGAGAUCCUUCGCAGUCCCGGGUUCCUUGACGAUUACGGUAUUCUGGCCACCAUCUUAAUUAAUAUCUCUCCGAUCAAUAAGUUGACUGAACUUGCUUAUCUCUUCCUCGCCGAGACUGAAAAAAUUAAUUUUACAGCUGCUGUCAUAGAUGGCAUCGAGCUUGAGUUUUCCAAUAGCUUGUCUGGAAAGGGUAAUCCUGAGUUGGCUGAAUGGUUGAAAGGUGAAUUCAUUCCAUCUCUGGCUUUGAUUACUCGUACCUUUUUCACCACCCACGAUGACCAGCCAUCCAUUCCCUGCCAAACGUUCUAUAAAAUUGUUGGACAACUGAGUAAUUUCAAAGAGAAAGUGAAUCCCAAAGAUCAAGAAAGCAUACAUGAAUCUCUAUCAAAUUAUGCGAAAGCAUUCCCACUACAUUGUUAUAACAAUACCAGUCUCACUCUAUACUUUAAGAAAUACUACCAAAAUUAUUUUGACUUAAUAUUUCUAACGGAUAUACUUACAAUGGUACCUCAUGAUCGUUUAACUGAGGUGUUGGAAAAUACUGACCCCAAGGAAUUGGUUGAUCUGCUGCUAAUACCUGAAUUCAUUAACGACCCAAAGGCUCUGCCCAUCCUUGUGUUGAAAAUACGAUCCAAGGAGUAUCUGAGUGACCUCGUCACGGAAUUUGUCACCAAUAUCCAAGAAGAUUGGCAUUUCUAUAACAUCGUUGAGGGCAUGUGGGAUGUGUUUAACGGAAGCAUAUUUGAAAUCAAAGGCACAGAUGUGAGGGAAUGGUUAAACGUCACAUUGAUUCCGGCCCUACCACUCAUCAGCAACUCCAUCUUCAACAACACCCAAAAAGUCCAGUGCUUUGCACUUAACGGAAUUGUUUCAUUACUGAGCACCUUCAAACAUCGGCUUACCCUUUCUGACCAGAGGAUCAUCUAUAACAAUUUCCUGAAGUAUGCAAGAGCUUUUCCUCAGUAUUGUUUUGAAGACUACGAUUUCCUUCUCUACAUGAAGCUCUAUCUCCAAAACUACAUCAGCUUUUUAACUCUGCGCGAUCUGAUUUCGUUGGUUCCUCCUGAUCGUGAAGUUGAGGUGUUGAAUAGUAUUGAUAUACAUGAAUUAGUCGAACUGCUGACUUCACCUGGAUUCAGUGAUGACUUUAAUACUUUAACAAAGGUGGUGCUCAAGAUUAAACCCAUCCAAAAUCUAACCCUGUUUCUCGAAAGGUUCUCCAAUGCAACAGACGAUAGCGAUCUUUUGGCUGCUGUAAUGGAGGGAGUGUGGAUUUGGUUUACUGAAGCCCUCCCUGAACUCAACAAUACAGAGGUGGAUGAAUGGCUUAAUGUCAGACUAACCCCCUAUCUGCCAUUUAUCGCCUUAAGCUCCUUGGUUUCCAACAGAACACUGCAAGCCCCGUGUCUUCAGUACAGGAGCAUUGUAAAAGCACUGAAUGUUCUAUACCCGAAGAUCAACUCAGAAAAAAGGCUUGAAAUCUACAAUGGGAUCAGAGUUUACCUGCUGCAAGGUCCUAAGCCAAAAUGCUAUAAUGCCAGUGAUCCCUUCCUGAAGUCCGCUGCUUGGUUCUCUCUAUAUCUGGGACAGUAUCUGUGUCAAGCGUCAGUCUCUGAUUUUCGAUUAUUUUCUGAUAAUGAGACUUUGCUUCAAGAGUUUGCAGCAAAUGAAGAAAACCUGCAACUUCUGGACAAAUUGACGUUAACAGAUGAAGUCGCGGCAGCCUAUAUUAACUUCCUGGCUAAAAACAAUCCAAAUUUUAAUGCUGCAAGUCUACCAAACUCUCUGCUGUGCUUCAUUGGCAAAACUAACCUGCUUCAGAAUCUGACUGUGCAACAAACGUUGACUUUAGUCAGAAGGAUAAACAAAGUAUGUGGGCUUAACGUGCCAAGCAACUCAUCUACCGAUGGAGCAUCACCUCCUGAAGAGCCAACAGAUGUACAACUGCAGGUAAAAAAACUAGUCACAGCAAAACAUUCCUAGCUCAUGCGAGGACACAAAGUGCUGGAGUAACUCAACGGGUUAGGCAGCGACUGUGGAGAAUGAGGACAGGUGAUGUUUCGGGUCGAGACCUUUCCGACCAUUACAUUUUGGGUUGAGAUCCUCGAACUGAAAUGUCACCUUUCCACGAUCUCCGAGUUUAGGUCAUAAUAGAUAGGAGUAGAAUUAGGCCAUUCGGCACAACAAGUCUACUCCCCCAUUCAAUCAUAGCUGAUCUAUCUCUCCCUCCUAAACCCAUUCUCAUGCCUUCUCCCCAUAACCUCUGACACCUGUACUAAUCAAGAAUCUAUCUAUCUCUGCCUUAAAAACAUCUACUGACUUCCACAGAUUCACCACCCCCUGACUAAAGAAAUUUCUCCUCAUCUCCUUCCUAAAAGAUCAACCUUUAAUUCUGAGACCAUGACCUCCAGUCCUACACUCUCCCAUUAGUGGAAAUAUUCUCUCCGGAUCAACUCUAUCCAAGCCUUUCACUAUUCUGUGCAUUUUAAUGAGGUUCCCCCCUCAUUCUUCUAAACUCCAGACCCAGUGCUGACAAACACUCAUCAUAGGUUAACCUACUCAUUCCUGGGAUCAUUCUCCAGAGCCAGCACAUCUUUUCUCAGAUAUGGGGCCCAAUACUGCUCUAAUGUGGCCUGACCAGUGGCUUAUAGAUAGUCAACAUUCCUGUUUUUGCAUACAACCUCUCUUCAAAUAAAUGCAACCAUUGAGUUUGCUUUCUUUACUACUGAUUAGACUUGCAGAUCCUGCACCAGCACUCCCAAGUCCCUCUUGGGUCAGCCGACUUGGGGCUACUGACUAUCCUGCGGUCCAGGUAUAAGCUCAGAGGCGACCACGCUUUUGCGGUUGCAGCACCUAGACUGGACCAGCAUCCCUCUUCUCAUCAGAACUGCCCCCUCCAGCGACUACUUUAAGUCUAGACUUAAAACCUAUUUCUACUCACAAGCUUUUCUUGAGGCCCCCUGAGGGAGCGCUGUAUGUAUAUAUUUAUGUAUGUAUUGUUAGACCUAUGUACCACUGUAUGUAGCACGUUAGCACCUGCACUGAUGUAAAGCACUUUGGUCAAUGAGAGUUGUUUCUAAAUGUGCUAAAGAAAUAAAAUUGACUUGACAUGACUUGA